AUAAUAUAUAGAUAGGCAUAGAAGCACUGAAAUAUGGCGGACAGAGACACAGCAGACUGAGUUUUAAUACUUGCAAGUUUUAUAAUUUUGAUAUUUAAUUAGAAUUCCAUGUCUUUACUUUUGUUACAACUGCAUUAACGUUUAAUCCAAGUUUUGUGUCACCGCGAGUUAUAGUUAUCUCCAGGAAACGAUGAACAAUGUGCCCUAGUAACUGUCAUUGCUCUCGCCCAUUUCCUUUGUGAACCAAAUUGCUCCGGUUUAUGUGUCCGCGAAGUUCUUCUGAACCAUGACUUACAACUGAAGUGUUAAUGUUAUUUAAGUGAUCUUACUAGUUCUACCAAUGUUUGUAAAGUGCAUUUGAUGACCGCUUGGUUAGGUUCAGGCGGAAGUAGUGCUAGUAGUAGUAGCCGGAAUCUGGUUAGAUAUCGAGCUUAUUGAGUGCAGUUUAGUAGUUUGAGUGAUUCGGUGCUUAUAAUGAAAUAAUGGUUGAAAUAGGCGCCCCUCCGCAGCCACCUGAAGAAUGUCUCGAAAACUGUGAAUGGUACUGGGGUGACAUCACAAGAGAUGAGGCAAAUGAAAAACUUAGAGAUACUCCUGAUGGCACUUUCCUAGUUCGCAAUGCAUCAAAUAAAGGCAGUGGAUAUACAUUGACUGUCCGCAAAGGAGGAACCAACAAAUUGAUAAAGAUAUACUAUCAAGAUGGACGCUAUGGAUUCUGUGAACCAUUCCAGUUUGCUUCUGUUGUGGAACUGGUCAGGUUCUACACGCAGUGCUCCCUCGCACACUGCAACCGCAACCUGGACAUCACUCUUAUGUACCCUUUGUUACGAUCCCAAGAAAAUGAUGGGGGUGAAAAUGACAGUGAAGAAACACUUGAAGCUGAAUAUAAAAAUAUACAUAAACAAUAUGUCCUUAAAACAAGGAACUUUGAUGAAUGUUCUGACAAAUACAUGAGAUUGAGAGAGGAAGUUAAAGCGAAGAAACAAGCUCUAGAUGCAUUCAACGAGACUGUUAAAGUUUGUGAAGAACAUCUCCGAUAUCAAGAUGAAAUGCAGUCUAAAGCACAACCGCAUGAGAAAACAGAUCUUAUACAAAAUAACAAGCAGUUAAUAUCAAGAGUCAACAGCUUGAAGCAAGCGAGUUAUGAUCUGCACAAUUUACUUCGGGUUACUGUAAAAGAAAACUUGAAGCUUGAGAGAGAGAUAACUCAACUGAAGCCACAAAUAGUAGACCUCUUCAAGAAAAAAGAUCUGCAUAAAAUAUGGCUCCAGAGGCGUGGUAAGACUGAUGAGUAUUUAACAAAUUUAGAAGAGGAUAACAUACAUAAGUUAGAAGAGUUAUAUGCACAUCGCGAAAUGAAAAGUUGGAUGGUAGAAAAUUGCACUCGCGCCCAUGCAGAGAAAAUUCUAGAUGGAAAACCAACAGGCACAUUUUUAAUACGUCCAAAUUCUGGAGGGCAACUUGCACUAUCCAUAUGUUGCAACAACAUUGUCUACCAUUGCAUUAUAUUCAAGACUGAAAGAGGUUAUGGUUUUGCUGAACCAUAUAAUGUUUACAAGACGUUAAAUGAGCUUGUUCUACAUUACGCCAUUAACUCACUAGAUGAACACAACGACCAACUCCGAACCACACUCAAGUAUCCCAUCAAUGCUCAUCUAGUUAGCAAGCCAGAAAAGAAACAGUCACAUGAAAGUGAACACCUGGAAGCCCAGCAUAGAGAAUUCCAUCAAAUGGAGUCCCAGGCUUCACACCAGCAGAGGCCCAGGCAGACUGUACCAGAUGAUACUUUAUGUGAGUCUUGCUGAAUCUAGUCUUCUAUUUAUUGAUAGAUGACUGGUGUGAUCUUUCACUUAUGUGAUAAAAGGUGUCAUGAGGUUCAAGUCAUUCCUGUAUGUAUAAACAGAUGUACUGAUCUCGUGUUCCCAAAAAAAUAUUGUAUUAUUAGCCUGGUUCUUUUGGCUUUGAAAUGAUCAACAACCUGGCUAUACUAUUAUAUCGGAUCUGAAUAAUGUCUAAAAUACGAUGAUAAGUAUGUGAUGGUACUAAUAACUAUGCAUAUUAUCAUGUGAUAUUUUCCAUUGCUUAAUACUUCUACUAAAAGAGGUAUGUAAAAAUUUGAAUGGCCCAAUCAACAACGAAAGUAUAAAUUUGUAUUGCGUCCAGUUUUUGAUGAAUUUGAUUGGGAAGUGAAAGGGCGCGUGAGGGAACAGAAGUAUUGUAUGAAGUAUAAUAUUUAAGUUACAUGCUUUCUGUAAGUAGCUUUAGGGAGAACGUUUGUCAGCCAAAUGUACAAACGCGAGUACCAAAAAUGUGUCAUGUAAAUGUUGAUGCGUGCAACUCUGGAAGUUGAAUAUUAUGUAAUACUUGAUUUGUUAUUUGUGUUUCCUAAUGUGAUAUUAAUUUGUUAAAAGUCAUUUUUAGGGUUGGGAUUUAUAAAGCAUAUACAUCUGCAGGUACAAUUUAUAAACUUAUUUAAAUAACCUUUAGUAUGAAUUACUCAAAUAUAUAUAUAUAUAUAUAUAUAUGUAUACUACAUUCUCAUCCUGCUAGUAAUGAACAGGACGUAAUUGCGAUUUUAGAAGAUAUUCAAAAAGACCUUUAAUUUUAUGAAUAUCAGGAAUUUUUAACUGAUAAAUUCUUGUAUGUAUUUCAACCAUUACAAAAACUGGCUUACGGUCUGAUUUUACCGCAAGUCCAUAAAAAGUGGCGACAUACAAAAAUACAUAUUUAAAUGUUUUUUUCGUAAAUGAAAAUAGACGGGCAAAAGUAUGUAUUUUCGAUUUUGAAGAUUAAUUUUAAUUGUGUAAAUAAAUUGAUGCGUAAUUAUUAAUUAAUGAACAAGCGAAAAAAUAUUUAUACCUGGAUUUGUCCAACCAAAUAAAUAACUGUUCAUGGAGUUUUUCUGCAUAAACUGCAGUUAACUUUGAGGUAGGAUUACGUUGUCCAACGACUUUGAGUCUGCAGCCAUAGUGCUCGUAUUAAUAACCUCCCAUUUAUGACUCAUGUGAUAGUAAUUAUUAACAUUUCGUCAUAUAAUGCAUAUAAUUAAAAACCGAUUUUUAGAGGGUAUUUGUAUUUAUAAAAGCGAAUUAUCAUUUUAUAUCUGGAUUGUGAUCAACAUUUUGUAAUUUGAACAAAGGAAGUAUAUUGCUUUUUUCAUAUAAUUGGUUUAACUUGUUGCUAUAUUAUAUUUAUAGAAUUUUGUAAUUUUUCAACUAUAUGUGCAUUAACAAAAGUUUGUUUUAAGGAAAAUGGUGUAAUAAAACGUACUUCUUUCUUAGUGUGAAAAAUUUGGUGAUAAUAUUGGCUCAUAUCUCAGCAUUGUGACAUUGAUUAAUGUGUACAACAUGUCUUUCAAAGAUAUACUAAGAUUUAAUUACUUUAUAUGUCCUGGUCAAAUCGAUUAAAUCAAUAGGCGGGUCCAGCCAGUGUAGACGUGCCUUGGCUGGUUUGUGCAUGAGGAAAUAGCCUCGCGCGUGUGCUCGCUCUGUGUGGACCCGCCUAAUGGUUAAUAAUUUCGCUGAAAUACUUCUGUAACAAUCAACUGGCGUGUAGAGCUCGCCAUAAAUUAUAAGCAUUGUAAUAAUGGUGGCCAAGUGGCUUCAGUGUUUACCUUGGCUCUCUUUGCAAAUUGUUACUCUAUGAAAAAGCUAUGAGAAUGCGGCGAACUCUGGAGGUUAAUAAUAAGCCACCUUAAUUACACCAUCCUAAUUGUUUCUGAUUUGUAUAAACUAUUCUUGUCAAUUAAACAUACAUUGGUUAUUUGGAAACUUACACCGAAUUCACCAUAAUGGUAAUUCUAAGGUUGUAAUCAUAAAGUAAUUUUAGUGUAGGUAGGUUUAACAAAUUAAUGGAUGAAAGUUACGAAUUGAACUAUUCUUUGAAGUUUUUAUUAGUUACUUGGAGUUUCCAUCAGUCAUCAAACUUUGUAUGAGAAGUAUUGUAAAAAUUAAAAGGAAAUUUCGUAUUGCAGUUCUGUAACAAUAUUGCUCAUUCUACUUCUUUAUUUAAGCCAUUUACAGCCGUAUUCAGUAAAUAAUUGCUAUGGUAGAUUAAUCCAACUAUGCAGUUGGGCUUAUUGAUGUGGUAAUUCAACACUAUAUACAUCCAUAUCUGCUGACUAUGAGUCAUGAGUGCGUUAAAUAAAUUUGCAUAUACCAUUACAUUUUGAUACAAGAAAGCACAUGACGAGACAUUGUUCUUCUUAUAGAAACGGCCACGUGUACAGGUCGCCAUCAGAUUUAUCUCGCAGUGAACGAGGUUCGGACCAAGUGCAUUACAUCUAAUAACGGCGUAAGACUAGAAGUGGGAGCCCUUCCGUCGUGACCACACCACACUUUCCCUUUGCUUUCUGGGAAAAGUGCGGACAUGGUGGAAGGGCUGUGUGGACAGGACACAUGUGUGAUCGUUGACUAGGCGCCGUUGUCCCACGGCCGCACUUACUCCGACUGACUUUGUAUGCGCUCGUUGUCUAAGCGUUAUAGGGCGCUGAUAUAUUUUAAACGAUAUGGUACAAAUAUCUUUAGAACGUCUGAACACGUGGUUGGAUAUAUAUGAAUUUUCCGCUUUUUUUAUUAUUUAUGCCAUUGCACAAGACAUACACGAUAAUUAUUAAUUAUUGAAAAUUACGAAUGAAUGGAAAACUUACUAAGACAAUUAAGUAAAGUUCUUAAUGCUAUAUAUUUACAGUAUUUAUCCAACAUUUAUUCUGAUAAUAACCUGUGUAGUUUUGUACGGAUACCUACUUAGAUAUUUUGUCCUCACUCACAUAAAACACAAAUGUCUAUCUAUCAUGUAAAAAAAACUAUGUUCACAGUAUUAGGUGCAAUAUUUUUUUUAUUAUACUUUGUGCAAUUUAUCAACUUUGUAUAUAUAUAUCGGGAUUACUUUAUUAUUUAUAGUUUUUCUGUGAAAUGACUUAUAGAGGUGUAUUCCGAGUUUAUUGGAAGAGCGUCAGGGCCUAGUGAAGAUGUGUAAAACUGUGUUUACAAUUCACUUAUAUGUAUAAAAUUGUCAAUAUGUAUGCUAUUGUUGCGAUUCUAUGCCGGCCAUAAACCGUUAUUUUUCUUUUUUUACUUGACAAUGUCAUGAUGGGGUCAGUUAAGUCUUCUAAUAGUUACGUUAAAAGCGCCCGCGGUGGACAAAAGAGUAAAAAGUGUACUGACCAUUAUUAACACGUUCGCUGCCAGUGCGCGCUUCGAGCGUACCUGAUGACGUGGUUGAACCCCUUUGUGGCGUAAAGCGCUUUCGAGAACAGAGAACCCGCCUACUACACAACCCGGUCGCUGGCAGUGAAUGUGUUAAAUCAUUGUGAUCAAAAUAGGUACAAUCAGCAGCAGAAAUAUUGUUAGUAAAAUAAGAGCUAGUUCAAAUAAUUUUGAGCUGUUUAUCAAUAUAUAGUCAACGAAUUUGAUUACUAGGCACCUUUGUACCUUAUCACAAUUUCAUUUUUUCGUUUAACCCCAAUAAUAAUAAAUUAAUAAUCAACGAGUCAUUAUCAUUACCGCUACUGCUUUGCAGGAAUAUCUAGAGGAAUAGCAUGUUAUAGUCACUGUGACAACGACAAGGUACAAAGUGAUCUAGGAUCCAAAUAGGUUGACGUCACUUGUAUCUGUUUUUGACUUGCGGCCCAAUUCGAACAAUGCGUAUAUGAUAUGUCAAUCGAUACGAUACCGAUCUGUUAGCGUCAUAAGUGUAAUUUUUUGGUUGAAGAAAUGUCGCUUUUAACAUUGACAGCUCGGUAACGUAUCCCUGUGACAUCUUAAAAGCAUUGCUCAAAUUAGGCCGUUGUAGGUACAUUAUACUUGUACAUGCUACUAAUGACGUUCUAAACUGAGAAACGAACAGAGAAACAGGCGUUAUACGUUGUUGCACAUUGAAUUGUGUAAUUUAAAUUUAUUUAUCAAUGUAAGUUAUAAAGUUAAUAUAAUGAGAUUUAUUCGAGUUAUUUUUGUAUUCAUGUCUUAUAAUUUUAUUAUGCUUAAAGAGUCCAAAAGUAGUUUCAGGAUGGAUGUAAUUUCUGUGAAGUAGAAGAUGUUUUUGAUCUCAAAGGCGAAUUUUAAAUUUUAAGAUAAAGUACCAUUAAAGUUAGGGGCAGCCAAAUCGGAUGCAUUCAAACACAACUAUUCCUUACAGUCGCCAUUUUAUGUAAAAUUAUAAUUGUAGUAUGUUUUAAUAAGUGUUAAUAAACAAACAAAUCAAC